UUAUAUUAUCUCUCCACUUCUAUAAUCCCUCCAUUUUAAUUCUGAUUUCAGAUUAUGGGGAGACCUCCCAGCAGCAAUGCCGAUAACAGAUUGAAGAAGGGACCGUGGACUUUAGAAGAGGAUAAAAAACUGAUUGAGUAUAUUCAUGAACAUGGCACGGGAAGGUGGCAACUACUCCCUGAGAAAGCUGGCCUAAAUAGGUGCGGGAAAAGCUGCAGAUUAAGAUGGACUAAUUAUCUGAGGCCCGAUAUUAAGCGCGGAAACUUCUCGCAUGACGAGGAACAAACCAUUAUCCACCUCCAUUCACUUCAUGGAAACAAGUGGUCCACAAUUGCAUCUCAUCUUCCGGGCCGCACAGACAAUGAAAUCAAGAAUUUCUGGAAUACGAACCUCAGGAAGAAGCUCCUCCGGUCUGGUAUUGAUCCGAAUACCCACCAACCGAUAACUGAUGCCAAUCUCCUCAAUCUGCUACCCACUUCCAGUUUUACGAACUCGAUGGAUCCUUGGCAAUAUGUGCUCAAGUUACAAGCAGAUCAGGUGACUGAAUUCGCCAAGAUUCGAGUUCUUCAAAAUAUACUGAGAGUUUUAAGCACGAGCCCUCUGCCAAUUAUUGGCACAAAUUGUCUUGGGGAAUCACAUAAUCCUAGCCAAUAUGGCGAGCUUGUUAAUCAUGAUGAUCCCUUACAGCUACUAUCCAACCCUGUCCUUCCACACAUUGCAAACAUCGAAGAGCUCCCUGAAGAAUUAGCCACCAUAUUCAAUUCGAAAGAAACCAUCCCAGAAAUUCUUGAUAACCAAACCAAUGGAUUUGGGAUAAGCAAAAGCCACGCAGAAUAUUCACUGCCAGGAUUAGUUUCAGCCAAUACGGGAACUUCCACCGCCAACCAAAUGGAUAGUAUCUACUCAAUGCACAUUCCUAAUCAAUCACUCACAUCUAACAGCUUCGAAACAUUGGGGUAUCUUAUGGAUGAUGAUGCCAGUAGCUCUCUCUGGAAAGAUGUUUAUAAAUUAUCAAACAUUUUAUGAAUCCUGUACGUAGGCUGUAUUGUACUAAACAAUUAUCUUGCCCCGAUCCCUAGUGCAACCCAACAUUCACAAGGGCACUAGCUACUUCUGAAGUGUUUGCUACAAGUUCAUCGAUCUUGUAUAUUUUCUCUUCAUACUAUAUUUUACGUCAUAAAUAAUUUAUUA